AUUGAAGCACGUACCGACCACUUUAAACUAAUCGAAACUAGAGAAAUCAUUAAGUACCUACCUACUUUGUGGCCCAGUAGUUGCCAUCAUGAGAUCUAAAAACGUACAUAAUUUGUUUAGCAUUUAUUGCAUUAUUUUAAAUAUUAACAAUUUGUUUGCUCAAAAAGUAACAGUGACAAUACCAAAUGGAAAACUAUUGGGGAAAACAGAAAUUACCAAAACUAAUCACACGUUUUAUUCGUUUAGUGGUGUUAGAUAUGCCCAACCUCCAAUAGGCGAGCUCAGAUUUAAAUCUCCGGUUCCGGUAGAACCAUGGACGGAUACAUACGAUGCAACAUACGAGAAAAAUAUCUGUUACCAAGCUGCUGGUAGUGCUACACACUUGCAAAACGAAGAUUGCUUAUUUUUAAAUAUUUACACCAAAGAAAUUUCCGAUAACCUGUUGCCAGUAAUGGUUUUCAUCCACGGUGGUGGUUUCGUGAUUGGCUUCAGCGGCAGAACUGGCAAUUAUGGUCCGGAUUUUUUCAUGGAACACGACGUUGUACUUGUAACACUUAAUUAUAGAUUAGGACCAUUUGGAUUUUCUUCUACAAAUGAUUUGGUAAUUCCUGGAAACGCUGGCUUGAAAGAUCAAACUUUGGCUUUGAAAUGGAUACAACAAAACAUAAAAUAUUUCGGUGGAGAUCCGAGUAAAGUUACAAUUUUUGGACAAAGCGCUGGAGCUGGCUCGGUUUCUUAUCAUUUGCUCAGUCCGAAAUCGUCAGGCCUGUUUCGUGGUGCAAUUUUGGAAAGCGGAUCAGCAUUGAGCGCGUGGGCCUACCAGCCAUAUCAAAGGGACUAUACUUUCAAAACUGCCAAUCUGAUAAAUGGAAAUUUCACAAGCAACAGUUCAGAGGAUUUGCUUCAGUUCAUGCUCAAUGCCAGUGCCAGCGAUAUAAAUGCAGCUUCAAGAAAAAUUUAUAAUUUGGAACGACCAGGCGAUAAACAAUUACAGCACGGAUUUCAUUAUGCUCCAGUUUACGAGCCAGAGCACGACGACGCCUUCCUAACCAAAAGCAUUUUUGAAAGCAUGAAAAAUGGCGAAAUUAACAAAGUACCAACUAUCAUUGGGAUGAAUAAUGAAGAAUGCAUUGGACAAUAUAACUCUAAAUUCAAAGAUGUUACUGAUGCAUUUGACAAUAAUCAAACCCUAUUGCUGCCAAUAAAUAUGCAUUUGCAAAAACCUGAAAGCAAAAAUGCUGUAAUUGAAUCUAUACAAAAUUUUUACAAUAUAUCUGGAAAUAGAACCUUCAGGGAACAACUUCCAGGAGCUAUCCGGUAUUUAACUGACCAAUGCUUUGCGAGGUCCAUUAUUAAACAGGCAGAGCUCCAAUCAAAAUUUACCGAUGUUUAUUUUUAUGUAAUGAGCUAUGAUGGUGUAAUGGGAAAUUUUGCUGGAAAAGUUGAAGGUACUGGUAGUGUAACCCAUAACGAAGAACUAAAUUAUUUUUAUCCAAGAACCAUAAAGUCCAUUGGAGAAAAUACGGAUUUGGAACUGUUUCCAGAAUCUGAUAGAUUAACUCAUUAUAGGCUCAUUAAAUUAUGGGUUAAUUUUGCAACACAUUUGAACCCCACUCCAGAAGUUGACGAACUAUUCCAGAACUUAGCGUGGCCAAAAGUUGACUAUUCAGAUGAGACUUUAGAAUAUUUGGAUAUUAAUGAAAAUUUAUCGGUCAAAACGAAUCCAAGGUGGGAAAUGUACACUUUGUGGAACGAGUUGUACAAGUACGCUGUACCGCCUUAUGACGGUUUUUAAUUUAUACAAGGUCACAAAGGUAUAAAUAAGUAUAUGGAAAGAAUCAACAAAUAAAAAAAAAGGAGUAAAUAAUUUAAAUUGGUUUUUCAUUCAAGUUUCUGUAUUUGCCUGUUUUGUUACAAUUCGUUUUUUCUUAGGACUUUGAGACAAUAGAGAGAGCGUUUUCGAUUUAAUUCGAUUCGAUUUUGAUGCUUUAGUUGGAAGCUUAUGCAAUGGAUCCGAAAUUUCCUUGUCCUUUUUCAAUCCCAUUACAUAUUUCUCUAUCUGUUCUGCUGUCAUUUCAUCACCUGCCAAUUUUAGCGUAGGAACUGCCGUCUUUUUCAAAAAUU